ACAAUCCAUCACCGUGUCGGGUUUUUGGCCUUCUUAGCAAUUUUUGUAAUGCCAUCUCUCAACUCAUCCAACCCUUUCCGCCCUUAUCAGAUCCAUCUUCCUCCUCACCUCCAUCCUUAUCCUAAUCAUUUACUUGGGUUCUUCUCGGAGAACCCAGAUCAAGUUCUUGGUGGUUUCUCCGAGAAGAACCUAGGUCAGGCUCUCUUGGAGAACCUGAUCUGGGUUUUCCAAGAAGCCAAACUUGGGUUCGUGGAGAACCCAGACCUGGGUUCGUGGAGAACCCAGACCUGGGUUCGUGGAGAACCCAGACCUGGGUUCGUGGAGAACCCAGACCUGGGUGCCCAAAUUGGUGUUUGUCAUGGCAUGCUUGGUAACAACUUACCGCCCCGCCCAGAAGUCAUAGCUCUCUGCAACCAAUACAACAUCCGAAGGAUGAGACUCUACGACCCGGAUCAAGCUGCGCUCCAAGCCCUCGGAGGCACCAACAUUGAGGUCAUGCUUGGCGUCCCCAACACCGAUCCCACGCAUCGCCGCCAGCCAGGACAAUGCCAACGCUUGGGUCCAAAACAACGUCAAGAACUACGCCAACGUCAAAACAUCCGAAGUGUACUUUCGACUGCCGGACUUGGAAUCAAAGUUUCCACGGCUAUCGAAACCGGGACUCUCGGAGAAUCUUUCCCACCGUCCAACGGGUCUUUCAAGGGUGAAUAUAUGCCGAUCCUAAACCCUGUUAUUCGUUUCUUGGUGGACACACAAGCUCCAUUGCUGGUCAACUUGUAUCCUUACUUCAACGGGUCUCUACAGUACCAUAAUCUUUUCGAUGCAAUUCUUGAUGCAGUCUAUGCUGCCCUUGAGAAGUCCGGUGGAGGUAAUUUAGAGAUUGUUAUAUCAGAGAGUGGCUGGCCUACUGACGGUGGAACGGCGACGACGGUUGAUAAUGCAAGGACUUAUAACAACAAUCUGAUUCAACAUGUGAAGGGAGGGACUCCGAAGAAGCCUGGAAAGCCCAUCGAGAGAUACAUUUUUGCCAUGUUUGAUGAGAAUAACAAGGAACCGGAGUAUGAAAAACACUAGGUGUUGUUGAUACAUACAAUCUGCAAAGUUACAAAUUUUAUUACAUAUUGACGAAAAAUGAAAACUAUCAAUUUUAAUAGUUUAAAUAAUGAAAACUGUCAGUUUUA